GCUCGCGCCCGGUGAGCGCGCUUAGGGGGCGUGGGGGCGAGACAGGGGCGGCUUGAGUCGGCCAGGGUCCCGCUCGCCGUGCCCCGCUCUCCGUUCUUCACCCGCCAAGGAUCCUGGGGAGGGUGGAUCCACCAAGGAUCUGGUGGAGCCAGACCCCAGGACGCAGCUGCGCAAAUUCGAGAAACUCCGCAGGUUGUGGACAAGCUGGUAACUAGGUAAAGAAGGCUCCAGGGGACCUUCCCAACCCAGGGACAGAACCUGCGUUUCCUGCAUUGGCAGGCAGAUUUUUCUUUACUGCUGAGCCACCAGGGCGGCCCAUUGUAAAGAAGGCCUGUGACUGAUGAGCAGAGUGGCGAGGCUGCCGAGUGAGGCAGAGGGGCAGGCCUGGGAGACAGAGGACGAUGACAUGGCAGAAGGCGAUCUAGGGUAUGGCCUCGGAAGAAGGCCUGGUGGCAUUUGUGAAGUGCAAGUUUCACAUUUAUUUACAUCUAGAAAAAGAUCAGAUGGAAAGAAUUUUAGUCCUCCCCUGUUUUCAAGAAAUGGGGACGAAAGAAACGGUGCCGUUUUUCAGUAUUCCAGGCAGAAGAGCUUUCAAGAUCCAUACCUGGAAGGGCCCCGAAUUCCCUAUCACAAGCGACAAAGUCUCACGGAUUCUAAUUCAGAGUUGUCAAAUGUGGAAUUAAGGCAACGUCUUCAUGAAACUUUAGAGGAGGUAGAAAUUUUGAAAACUGAACUUGAGGCAUCUCAAAGACAACUUGAAGGUAAAGAGGAAGCAUUGAAAAUUCUUCAAAGCAUGGCAAUAUUUGGCAAAGCCACAAGUCAUACCCAGGCAGUGCUUCAAAAAACUGUGGAACAAAAGAGAUCCUUGGAGAAGGAAAUAAAUGCCUUGCAGUGGGAAAUAGAAUUUGAUCAGAAUAGAUUUAAAAAUAUAGAGGAAUCUUGGAUCCAAAAAUAUGACAGGCUAAAUUGUGAAAAUGCAGUCCUCAAAGAAACUUUGAAACUAAAAACAGAAGAAAUUAAAAUGCUCAAGUCUGAAAAUGCAACUUUGAAUCAACAGUAUUUGGAGGCGCUUGGCAUGCUUGAUAUCAAACAGCAGAAGGUGGCUCAGGAAAGCGCCUGCCAGGAUAGAAGUGGCUUUACAGAGGUUUCAGGUCUUGAGCUUGCAGCGCCGGGAGCCUGCCUCUGUCACCGUCCCAGAGGGAACCCCUGUGCUUGUGCCAGAAUGGCCGUGUCCACUUGGAAAGCGCUCCUGCAGCUCAAACAGGAGCUGGAACUUCUGCAGAAGAGUAAAGAAGAAGCCUACAUAAUGGCAGAUGCAUUCAGAAUUGCAUUUGAGCAACAAUUAAUGAGGAAAAAUGACCAGGCACUAAGAUUGACACAGAUGGAUAAAAUGUGUAAGAAAGCAACAAAAUGGACAAAUUGGAAGCACCUUAAAGAAGAUGGGUCACUAUCACCAGGGAGUAAGAAGACCUUAGGGCAGAAAUUGUUGGGUAUGCUCCCUUCAGAAAACAGUUCUAAGAGUACCAAUGACCAGGACGAUCCUCAGGAAAUCUUUAAGAUGCUAAUAGACUUGCUGAAUGAUAAAGAAGAAGCAUUGGCUCAUCAAAGGAAAGUUAGUUACAUGCUUGCUCGGGCUUUGGAAGACAAAGACACCACUUCAAAAGAGAUUAAAGAAAGAAAUUCUAUGAAAGACAAUUUUAUAUUAAAAAACCCCUGGCAGAAAAUUUUAGAAUUCCCUGUUUCAUGUGAUCCUGUACAUUCGAGUGUUCAAAUUUUUAAUUCUGUGGGCUGCAUUUGUUCAAUUCAGCACUUUCAAACAGAUCAAAAGUAUGCAAGAACUCUUAAAAGGUCCCGUUCUUUGCCAUCAGAUAUCAUGUACUGAAGACAAAUCAGAUGAAUUAGAACUGAGAGAUGUUUGAGACUUUGAAAAAGGGCCUUGUAAAUAUUGCUACAUUUUCAGAAGUUGUAUAUUUUCUAGGUAUUUCUAAAUUUUGGGAGGCAACUUAAAUAAAUGUUUUGUACAAGAAA